AUGAAACAGAAUCAGUUCUUGUCAUCAAGGAGUGAAGGCCAGGGAGGCAGUAAUUUCACAGGUUUGUUUCUAGGUCACUUCAUUUCACGUUGGAUAUACGAGACUCAAGGCCAGGACCUUGACAAUUGUUUCAAGAUGAAGAUUCGCAUGCUUUCAAGAAAUCCCUCUGAUUUCCGCAGGGAAACAGCCGAUGAUAUAUUUAAAAUUCCUAGGAAUCAGAGUGUCGCAGAACACCCAUUCGCUCCGGAAAGAGAAUAUGUUAGGGCCCUAAAUGCUGCGAAAAUAGGGAGAAUGAUGGCCAAGCCAUUCUUGGGAGCUCUUGAGGGAACCAAUGAAAGAAUGACAGCACUUUCUUUAAACACAGAGACCCUAGGCGUGGCAGUGUUUGGAACAGCUGAUGGAAAGAUUCAGUACUGGGAUAUUGCGAAAAGGAAUAGAAUAUUUGAGGUCCCGGUCCAUGACAGCGAAGUUCGAGGAAUCUGUCAUUUCAACAAAUCUCGGCUGAUGUAUACUUGCAGCUUAGAUGGUCAAUUGAAACAAUGGCGUAUGAAUCAUGAUGAUAUUGCCUCAGCUUGGAAAGAACCUUUGAGUAGUGUGCUAAUGAAAUGGCCACCUCAUUGUAUGGAUCAUCAUCCUUCAUCAAAUGAAUUUUUAAUCGGUGGUGCAGAAUCCUGUCUGUUGUAUUCAUCUAUUAAACUUGAUGUCCCAUUACGUGAAUGGAGUUGGGGACAAGAACCAGUUCAUGCAGCAAAAUUCAAUCCAGUUGAACAUAAUAUUGCUUGUGCCUUAACUAAGGAUAAUUCAUUAAUGUUAAUUGACUGCAGACAAGAUGAACCUAUCCGAAAGGUUAAAAUGGAACUUAAACUGAACUCAUUUUCCUGGAAUCCAAUGGAGCCGUUCAUUUUCACUGCUGCGUCAGAGGAUUACAAUGUUUAUACAUUUGAUAACCGUUACUUCAAAUUUCCUCGUAGAGUAUACCGGGGGCAUGUUAAUGCUGUACUUGGUGUGGAUUAUUCACCCACAGGAAGAGAAUUUGUAACUGGAAGUUAUGACUCAUCGAUCCGACUGUGGCAGUGUGAUUCUACAGAAUCUUACGAUGUUUAUCAUACAAGGCGUAUGAAACGAGUACUUGAUGUGAGAUUCACAUUGGAUGCUAAGUUUGUUCUCUCGUCAUCAACGGACCAGAAUGUACGUCUGUGGAAGGCUCACGCCAGUGAAAUAAUUGGACCGAUACAGCCAAGACAAAAAGCAUCCUUGCAAACUUACGAAUCUCUGCGUGAAAAAUUCAAAGAUCACCCAGAAGUACGUAAAAUCCUGAAACAUCGUCACUUGCCUAAAUCAAUACAUGCAGCAAACAAAGAACAUACCAUAAUUAGAGCAAAAGAAAGAAGAAAGGAACGAAAUACCCGUAUUUACAAUAAAAAUGACAUGCCAUUUGUUUCUGAAAGAGAAAAGCAUGUAGUUGCACAAUAUAAGUGA